ACCACAUCUGGCAACACUGUUAGUUUUUUGACACAUGCAAUUUCGCCAAAAAUUUUGGAGCGCGUUUGUGUUUUUUGGCUAUAUGGACCUGUUGAGUCUGACAGCCAAAAAACAUAAAAAAGAAGAGAGAGAGAAAGUUUGAGGCUGUGUGGAUGUUGACAGAACGUCCGGCCUAAAAAAUUAAAAAGAAGAAGAAGAAGAAGAAGAAGAGAAAGUUUGUGUUUUUGUUUUGUGAAAUAUUUGAGGAAAACCUACGCGAAAAUCAUGAGUGCAGCAAGUGAAAAUGCCCGUAGGCGACAGAAGUACCAGAAAUUGAUGGAUGUGGGCAAUGAAAUAAAUGAUAGCAUUGAGGGAGAGGAUCUGAUAAAGACACUGACGAAGGUGAAGGAUUUGGCAAAAGAUGGGGAUCAGACGUGGAAUGAGCGUGGAGAGGAAGCGAGAAAUCCUUCGGAAGUCGUGAUGGAUAUUCAGGUGCUGAAGAUGAAUCAUGAGCUCAUCUCAAAGUCAAUUAGGACGAAAGGUAUGUCAGAUUUUCAUGAUGAUGAGUUCAUCAAUGCCCUGAAGGAGAUUUUGGUGGACUCGAGUGGUGUCUGGCACUGGGAUAAGAUGCUUCCAAUUUGGGGGAAACAGAUGAAAGUGGCUAGUUGUUUGGGAUUUCCCCUUCUGGGGGCUUUUGGUGAGAUUCCCGCUGAGAAGGAGAAGGUGGUGAAGCAGAGGGCCAAGAGGGCUAGGAAUACGCUGACGGAGGAGAAGAAGCCAGAGAAUGUGUCAAAGCUGAAGGCAGAGCAGAAAAGUAGUCAGAAGAUCAAUGAUACUUACAAGCAAAUUACCAGGAUCUAUGAACAGCGUCAGCGCAAGGAUAUUCCCUUUUUUGAGCUGGUCUGUGAUCCUGACAGCUUCAUGGCCACCAUCGAUAACAUCUUCCAUGUGUCCUUCCUCACGCGUGAGGGACUCCUGACGCUUCGGGACAAUGAAACUGACGAGGGCUUUCCCUUGCUGAGGCCCAAGAGCAAACAAACUGAAUCCCAGGUGGUCAAGGACACCACCCAGACCGUCAGUUCCAUCAACACUGCCCUCUGGAAGAAAUGCAUCGCCAAGUACAAAAUCAAACAUCCACUCCUCAAAAGCUCCCAAGCCUCAACAGCAUCUCCCAAGUAAUUCCUGGGAUCUCUCUUUGCCUUUCUUCAUUCCAAUCAAAAGACUGCUUGAAAAACGUUUAGUGUUUUAUUUUUUUUCUUCAUACAACAUACACACAAUAAGUAAUUCCACAUUAAUUUAAUUACACUUUAUAUCGGGGGAUUUUUUCCUUGCUUCCUUAUGCCUUCUAUAAUCUCCUGAACCAGAUGCAAAGAGAUAGAUGUCUUCUUGCUCAAAAUGUACCUUUUGCCUACAUCUCUUGAUUGAAUUCUCUUACUCUUUAAUGAAUUGUGUGCAAUUUGUCCAUUUAUAAAAAAAAAAAACUUGCAUAAUUGCACGGUUAAAUGUUUUUAUUACAAGUAAUAGGAGAGUAAUUAAAUAACACUCAGUGGAUUUCCUUCAUUUCGUGCCAUUUAGAAAUUCUUUAGAGGUGUAAAAACACUGACCGGUUGCUCAAAGAUUAUAUUCUGCGAUAUUAAUUACAAAGGGGCUGCCAACCGCAUAUUUUUAUUGUCUGCAAAUUAUCUUUUUAAACAUGUACUAAAAAAUAUUUCAUGGAAUUUUAAUUCAUUUAUGAAAUUUUUACUUUGCUUUCUGUCCCGCUUCUUCGUGCUUCUAAUCCAGUCAUAAUCUUUUUUUUUAGCACUUGUACUAAACAUUCUUCGAGAUAAAAUAAACUAAAAUGAACAAAAUGUUUCAACCAAAAAUGUACAAAUUGAUUAUUUUUGAAAUAAAAUGUUAAUGCAAUGAAAAA